CUGCUAUAAAAGCUCCUCGAGUCAGUCCUCUUAACAACUGUCACUGAAGUGAUGGCUGUUAUUUGGCUCGUGGUUGUUUUGGUGCAUGCCGUCUUGAUGGAUAAAGGCCUUUGUUUUACAGCUGGGGUUAAACAAGGUCCAUCCAAUGCUCUGGUUCAAAAAGGUGUUCCAGAUGUGCCUCACUGAUGUUUCACUUGAGUUUUUGGAACUUCUCCAGUCUUUGUUUUGGACUCUAUUUUCACAACCUGGAAUUGAGCCAAGGACAAAUGGAACUUGAUGACGAUGUGAGCGACAAUGUGAAGAACGACUCCUUCGGCCACAUGAGCGGCAAGGGCCAACAGAACGACUCCUACAGCCACAAGAGCGGCAAGGGCCAAAAGAACGACGCCUUCAGCCACGACCAGCCGAGCCAGAACAUGAGCGGCAAUGGCCAACAGAACGACGCCUUCAGCCACGACCAGCCGAGCCACAACAUGAGCGGCAAGGGCCAAAAGAACGACGCCUUCAGCCACGACCAGCCGAGCCACAACAUGAGCGGCAAGGGCCAAAAGAAUGACGCCUUCAGCCACGACCAGCCGAGCCACAACAUGAGCGGCAAGGGCCAACAGAACGACUACUUCAGCCACGACCAGCCGAGCCACAACAUGAGCGGCAAGGGCCAAAAGAACGACGCCUUGAGCCACGACCAGCCGAGCCACAACAUGAGCGGCAAGGGCCAAAAGAACGACGCCUUCAGCCACGACCAGCCGAGCCACAACAUGAGCGGCAAGGGCCAAAAGAAUGACUACUUCAGCCACGACCAGCCGAGCCACAACGUGAGCGGCAAGGGCCAACAGAACGACUACUUCAGCUACGACCAGCCGAGCCACAACGUGAGCGGCAAGGGCCAAAAGAACGACGCCUUCAGCCACGACCAGCCGAGCCACAACGUGAGCUGGCAAGGGCCAAAAGAACGACGCCUUCAGCCACGACCAGCCGAGCCACAACGUGAGCGGCAAGGGCCAAAAGAACGACGCCUUCAGCCACGACCAGCCGAGCCACAACGUGAGCGGCAAGGGCCAAAAGAAUGACUACUUCAGCCACGACCAGCCGAGCCACAACGUGAGCGGCAAGGGCCAACAGAACGACUACUUCAGCUACGACCAGCCGAGCCACAACGUGAGCGGCAAGGGCCAAAAGAACGACGCCUUCAGCCACGACCAGCCGAGCCA